CUUCGUUUUAACACAAGGUUUGAAUCAGCCCUAAAAUUAUAAUGGGCUCUGAUCCAUAAAUAAUAAUAGUAAAUUAGUGAUUUUAACAUAUAAGAUUCGUAUUUCCUUGAAUUUGAUAAAAAAAAUUGUUCUUGAUCUAUAGUGUUUUUAUUCAAUAUACAUGCACAUUGUAUGAUUUAUUUUGUUAUUUACAUCAUAAGUUGGCAGGCGCAAUAUCAAAUUAUUACUGUAAAAGAGAUAUAAAAUGGCAACAUUGCACGUUCCCAGUCAUUAUUCCGAUCUCGACUCGCACCAUGACAAAUGUUUAGAACUAGACGUCAACGUUAAUGGAGUGUAUUCACGUUCGUUUGUAAUUUGUAUGUUGAUAAUAAAAAAGUUUUCCGGUGUAAGGAGGGAGAGGAGAGGAGAAAGUCAAAUAAAAUUAAAUGUACUGUUACGGAAGUUAAAUACCAUAACAAAAAUAGAUAAACCGUCCUGAAUUACUCUCUAUCAAAUAAAAGACUUAAUGAAAAUGGGAAUCAAAUUAAAGCAUUCCAAGAACGUCAAACAAUGAUAGCAAAAAAGCAAUAUUAUUGGCAAUGGAACAGGACGUAGCUGAAAGUACAUUUUUAGAUAUAGACGGCAACGAUGGAGAGGAGUCCUGUUCGAAACGAUUCAGAUUACCUAGGAAAUCAACAAUACAAUCAACUAAAAAAGUAUGUGCCAAAGAAGAACGAAAUGCGUUUGUUAAAAAGAUAUCCUCCAUACUUCAGAAAAGCGAGAAUGAUAGAACUAAUGAAGAUACCAUAGUUUUACAAGAAAAUAAUGAUGUAGCAGAAGAGAUUUUGGAAAGAUGGAGGAAAAGGGAAGAGGCUAAACGAAGACUGGAGGAAUUAGAGGAUUCUGAGGAAGUUCUGGAAGGUAAAUGCCACAUUCUUGCUCAAGCAAUUGCCCAGUCUCAGUAUUUAGUGGUUUAUACUGGAGCUGGCAUCAGUACUGCUGCCAAAAUACCAGAUUACAGAGGAACUAACGGUAUAUGGACCAGGCUGCAGCAAGGAAAAGAUAUUGGCAAUUAUGAUCUAUCUUUGGCCGAACCGACUUACACACAUAUGGCUCUGGCCGAGCUCUACCGCAAAAACAUCCUAAAAUAUGUGGUAUCCCAAAACUGCGACGGCCUCCAUCUGCGCUCUGGUCUACCCAGAACGGCUCUGUCCGAAUUGCACGGCAACAUGUACAUCGAAGUCUGCAAACAAUGCAAACCGCAUCGCGAAUAUUGGCGGCACUUCGACGUCACUGAAAACACCGCCAGAUUUUCGCACAAGACCUACAGACGGUGCUACGUCUGCAACGGACCGUUGACGGAUACCAUCGUUCAUUUUGGGGAACGCGGCAACUUGCAGUGGCCAUUAAAUUGGGCCGGAGCUUGCAAGAACGCUAGCAAAGCCACUACUGUCAUCUGUUUGGGUUCCAGCUUGAAGGUGCUGAAGAAGUACCCGUGGCUGUGGCAGAUGGAGAAACCAGUGAAGAAACGCGCCAAUUUGUACAUAAUCAACCUACAAUGGACGCCGAAAGACGAGCUGGCCAACGUGAAGAUACACGGCAAAUGCGACGCCGUCAUGAAGAAGAUUAUGAACCUUCUAGGCAUAGUGGUACCGGCGUACGAUAGAAAUCUAGAUCCAAUACAUUGGCACGCGACUGAAAUGCAUCAUUUAGAACUCCACACGACCACGCAACCGUUUUUGAAGAAAGACGAUACAGUACAAAACGAUUCGAAGAGUAAUAAAGACUGCUUAGCGAAUAAAUCUGAUCUCAAUCGGAUAGAUAUAGACAAUUCGGGAACCUGUGAUAAUAGCAAUAAGUUAGCGACAGUUAAAAAAGAAGAAGCGGAAGUUCAGCCGUUUUCUAUUAGUAGUUUAUUGGAGUCCAAGAGUGUUCAAGCCGUCGCUAUACCGAUACCUCGCCAUGGCGUCGAUUUUUUUAGUUCCGAAAGUUCCUUUUUGUUGGGCGGCUAUUCGGAUUUCUUCCUCUAUCCCUAUCAGACCAGCUUCCUGUAUUCCGGGCUGCACAGCAUCAUCGAUCCGUUGCCGACGUUUCAGGAGGACUUCUAUUCGGAACCGGAGAUUAAGAUGGAGAAAAGAGAGCCGGAUUGUGAUUUCUGCCAUGGUUAUUUGCAUUCCGGUUCGUGUUUGUUCUACCCCAAGAGCGAGCCGGUGUUUCUGAACCAGAUCGACCGGUACAGCAAGGUGGAGAGGAAGACCAAGGCUAACGUGUGCUUGUGUUGUGAUUACUCUACUGAAGAAGAAGAAUUGGAUACUUUGAGUGAAAAGGACACGGUCAAAAUUAGAGCGCAAGCCGGUUGGUUUGGAAAGGGGUAUAGAAAGGGGCGCAGAGUGAAAAGGAGGAGCAUCUGAACGAUGUCCAAUACUCUCUUCUUUUACUUAUCAUUGUUCGUUUUCUUCGUUAUCGUCAACAUCAUCAGUAUUCUUUUUAUAAUUGUUUGUAUUUUUAUGGUGAUUUUCAGCCUGUCCGUAAUUUUUUAUAUUUAUUGUUUUUUAUGUAUUUUAAAAUUCGUGGAUCGAUGUAAGGUCAAUAAAAAAGUGUGUUUU